GUGAGGACCAGCAAAACACGACACACAUGCGGAUAGAAUAUACAUGUACUUAAUGUAGUAGGUACAUGUAGAUGUAUUGAAAGACAUCUAUCCAUCGCACUUAACCGUGAAGUAAGUCCCAGGGACCUUCGUUUACCGUAAUCCAAUCACACCAUGAAGAUCUGUGUCUGUGGAGCAACCGGGCCGAGUGGGCAAAGACUGGUGCAGCAAGCCCUAGACGCUGGACAUGAGGUGAUAGCCUUGGUCAGGACGCCUGAGAAGGUAGAGGCAAAACAUGACAACCUCAAGGUUGAAAAGGUUGACGUAUGCAAUGUUGAAGACCUGGUUCCCCAUUUCAAUGGAAGUGACGCAGUAAUGUCCUGUCUCGGUCACGCGAGGACGUUCUUUACCGCGCAGACGUUUUAUUCAGAAUCUUGUAAAGCCAUCGUUGAAGCGAUGAGAAAAGCGGAUGUGAAACGUUUGGUGGCUUUAACGUCAUGGUAUACUGUCUACAAACCAGAGCACCCCAAGUUCAUUGAGUGGUUCCUGAAGCCGCUGUUCAUCGGGCGGGUCCUGGCCGACAUGGACCGGAUGGAGACAUACCUCCAGAAUGAAUGCUCCGACAUCACGUGGACAUGCGUGAAGCCACCGGAGCUCACAGAUGAUCCUAUCACUGAUAAAACGAUAGAAGCAGUGGAGGGCCAGUUUAUCCCGGACACACGAGGGCGCAUGGCGAGGGCGGACGUGGCGAGGUUUAUGUUGUCAAUCGUCGGCUAUGAGAAAUGGUACAUGAAACUCGUAGCCAUCGUGACAGCUUAGGUUUCCUACAAGACUACAAGAUUGACCUAUAUUAUGGACCUCGUUCCAACAGGAAUACGAUCACUGGGCUCCAGGCUUCGAUAUCGAUCCCCAUACUUAUUUCAGUGCUAGUGCACUUUAAAAUACUGGGGUGGCGUGAUGUGAGAGAGACAACCUCGCUCCAUUCCGGGACGCUCUUCUGGGACAAUAGAGGUACAUGCUAUUGUGAUUGAAUGCCGAUGUAGGACAAAUCCUAGGACGUGGUUUGUCUCAACAAUCAAUAAGCACAAUUAUUCUGGUAAACAUUAAACAAAUUGAAUCGUUUUAUGAAUGAGACUUAUCGGUGGUUGAACUGAAUCCCGGUUAGACUCCGAUGCACUCCAUUUCGUCUUCCUGAUCGUACUUCUUCUGCACCUGUGUGACAGGCCGAGGCCGGUCUAAGACUGCGUCCGGAGUGUAAUCCAGCGAGCUAAUCAAGGAACACAUACAUGUAUGUUUUUAUUAUGGGUUGUAACGGCGAAAGUUUACGCGUUUGUUAUUCUUACACUCCGGACGCAUUGGAUCGGCCUUGUCUUGGACGAUCAGGAUGACGGAUGGGCUGCAUCGGAGUCUAGUCGUUCUCUACGUCGUAGGAGUAAAAAAGCCUGAUCUGUGGUCGAGUCGUUCUGGGCGUUUCUAGAAUCGAACGAGGCAAGGGCGUUUUCCCCGCAUGCAGAACUUCGUGUUUCGAGCAAUCUGAGCCUAAUUAGAUAGAGAUUACGCCAAGUGAUCUUUACCUCGGUGAUCUUUACCUCGGUAGAGUGGUACAAU